CCUCAUUCACAUUUUGUAUACCAGGGCAAGUUUUCUUCUUUGAUACACUUAUUGAAAUUCGAAAGUUAAAAUCCAAAACCCUAGCCAUGAGUUCUGCUGCAACUUCAACCAAGGGUUUGAGUGGUCGAGGCAAGCCCAAAGCCUCCAAAUCGGUCACUCGAUCUGCUAAGGCCGGCCUCCAGUUCCCCGUCGGCCGGGUCGCUCGCUACCUCAAAAAAGGCCGCUAUGCCCAACGCGUUGGCUCUGGUUCUCCGGUCUAUCUUUCUGCUGUCCUCGAAUACCUUGCUGCUGAGGUUUUGGAGCUUGCUGGGAAUGCUGCAAGGGACAACAAGAAGAAUCGAAUCAUUCCGAGGCAUAUACAGUUGGCUGUGAGGAAUGAUGAAGAGCUGAGCAAGCUCAUGGGGUCUGUGACCAUUGCCAAUGGAGGUGUUCUGCCCAACAUUCAUCAGAUUCUGUUGCCGAAGAAGGCUGGGAAAGGCAAGGGCGAGAUUGGAUCUGUGUCUCAGGAGUUUUAGGGUUUUAUUUUAGUUUGGAUCUGUGUGUAUGGCCUUUAAAGAAUAUGGAUCUGGUAAUAGGAAUUAAUGGGUUAGUUUUGUUGAUAAUGAAUCAUGUUUUUGUCAAUAUCUUGUAACGAUUGGUGGUCUUCUCCAUUUUUAACUGGUUAUCUACUAAUGGAAGGAUAUUUUGAGUAACUAGAAA